UGUCGUUCCCGGUCCGCGUUGGGGACCUUGCAGAGGCCAUUUACAAAGCAAAGCAAAUUUGGUUCAUUUGGCAGGGACGUGAAUGCUCUCUUCCCCUCUCUUUCGAUCUGGAUAGUAAAUCGGGUCGAACCGUGGCUUCCUCAGGGUCGCAGAACCUCUCUCGAAGAAAGGCUUCUUCUUCGUCACCGUCUCAGCAACAAACUUCCGGGUCGACCCGGAUCGUUUACCGGGAGUCGCGGAGCACCUCGGAAUCUGAUUUCCCGAUCUGGGCGCAGAACUGGUUUAUCGCAUUGCUCUUCGUCAUGGCUCUCGGAUUCUUUGCCCUCGCUCUCUUCCUCUUCAUCACUCUCGACUCUGACGUUGUUCCUUCUUCCGCUGCCUCUGCCUCUGCCUCCGCUGCUUCCUCCGAAGGCGUCGAGGUUCAGAUUACAUAUGGCACGGUGCUGAAGCUUAUGCACGAGAAGACCAAAUUUCGGUUGCAUUCUCAUGACGUGCCCUACGGUUCUGGCAGUGGACAACAAUCGGUUACUGGUUUCCCUAAUGUUGACGAUUCCAAUAGUUACUGGAUUGUUAGACCUCAGCCAGGAACUAAUGCUAAACAAGGUGAUUCCAUUAAGAGUGGUACCAUCAUUAGAUUGCAGCACAUGAGAACAAGGAAGUGGCUGCACAGCCAUUUACAUGCGUCCCCGAUAUCAGGCAAUCUCGAGGUGAGUUGUUUUGGGGCAGAAAAUGAAUCUGACACUGGGGACUAUUGGAGGCUAUUAAUAGAGGGAAGUGGGAAGACUUGGAAGCAGGAUCAGAAGAUUCGCCUUCAGCAUAUUGACACCGGAGGCUAUCUACAUAGUCACGAUAAGAAAUACAGCCGCAUUGCUGGGGGACAGCAGGAGGUUUGUGGUGUUCGUGAAAAGCGUGCUGACAAUGUGUGGUUGGCGGCCGAAGGUGUCUACCUUCCUGUCACUGAAAGCAAAUGAGUUGAUUGGAUUGGUAUGAACACCUUUAUGUACACGGCUGGCACUGAUUCUGAAGUCUGAUAGCAUAUGCAGAGAUAUACGGGAGUAUUUAGGAUGAGAUAACGGUAGUAAUAUUUUUCAUAGGUACACUUUACUAUGUAGAAAGUCAUGCCCCUUUCUCCUCUCAAGAACCACUUGAUGUGUUCGACGUAUUGUUAAGCAGUAUGCUAAUUGGUAAUUUUCUGUUAGGACUAUGAAGGACAAAGUGUGGCAAUGAAUCUAUUUUUCAAUCAGACUAUUAA